AUGGCGGAUCUACCACACGGAACGAAUGGCACAGCUAACAAUGCUGACGUGGAGAUGAAAGAAGAACCGAACGAGACAUCACUAUCUAGCAUCACACAAGCACAGGCGCCAGCACAGCAGCAGGAUCCGACAGACCCAAAUCCUCCUCCACAGGCAACACAAUCCAUCAACCCAGCCAUGAUCUCGCAACCUGAGCACCUCUCCACCAUCGCGCCAGCGGUUGCGACACCGCCAGUGGCAUCCACCGCUUCUGCCAGACCCGGCUCAAUGCCACCACAGCCUUCAGCCAGACCUGACAAGCCAGUCGCGCACGGUGGGCCAACGAGGCAAUACCUCAACAGCAACAUCACCCCGCAUUUGCUGGAAGGAAUGAAGUACUUGGCGGUGUAUGAGCCCGAGAAGCCGCUUGAAUGGCUGGCAGAUUUCCUGCAUAAGAGGAGCAAGGAGGUCGAGGGAUCAUAA